GAGUUGUAGUCGCUGGGGGCGGGCGGCGUCGGUAAGGAGACGUAGCUUUCGGUGGGGUCCGCUACUGCAGUAGGUUCCCGGCGGGAGCUGCAGGGGAUGGAAGCUUCCUGGCGGCAGGUGGCCGGUGGCCGAGGCCGAGCCCGAGCCCGAGGACGGGCCGCUGCAAACCCCUCCUCAGGAAAUGGAGUCCACGUCCGCGGCGCCGGGGGAGGGCGAGAGAAGGGGUCGGUGGGCGCCAUCCAUUCUGGCCCCAGCCCCGGAGGAGCCGCGGCCGCCGGGAGCAGGCACAGCCCCGCGGGACCGGCCGCGCCGCAGACGUCCGCGGCCAGCGAGCUAAUGUCUCAGAGGAAAUUUGAAGAAAUCAAGAAGGCUAAUCAAGCUGCAGCCAGAAAACUUGUUGAAGAGCAGUUUAGCUCUUCAUCCGAAGAUGAAGGAGAUGAAGAUUUUGAAGGGAAACAGGGAAAAAUAGUUGCUAAUACAUUUAUAACGUAUACUGCCCAGACAGAUGGAGAUACACGUGAGUUGGAGAGAACAAAGCAGUAUGUGAAUGAAGCUUUUCAAGCAGGGGCAAUGACAUGCUUAAUCUGCAUUGCUUCUGUGAAGAGAAACCAAGCGGUUUGGAGCUGUUCAGGAUGUUUCUGUAUAUUUCAUAUGCCCUGUAUCCAGAAGUGGGCUAAAGAUAGCCAGUUUCUUGUAUCCUCUCCUUUGACAGAUGAUGAUUUUGGAAAGAGAGAUUAUCCCUGGCCUUGUCCAAAAUGUAGGUUUGAAUACAAACGGUCUGAAACACCUAGUAGGUACUAUUGCUACUGUGAGAAGGUAGAAGACCCACCUUUGGAUCCGUGGCUUGUGCCUCAUUCAUGUGGCCAGGUGUGUGAGAGAGAGUUUAAACCUCCUUGUGGCCAUAAGUGUUUACUUCUUUGUCAUCCAGGGCCCUGUCCUCCUUGUCCAAAGAUGGUCACAACUACUUGUUACUGUAAGAAAGCAAAACCUAUCCCUCGUAGGUGCAGCGCCAAGGAAUGGUCCUGUCAGCUUCCCUGUGGACGGAAGUUGCUUUGUGGACAACAUAAGUGUGAAAAUCCUUGUCAUGCAGGAAGUUGUCAGCCCUGUCCAAGAGUUAGUCGACAAAAGUGUGUCUGUGGCAAAAAAGUAGCUGAGAGAAGCUGUGCGAGUCCCCUGUGGCACUGUGAUCAGGUGUGUGGGAAAACUCUGCCCUGUGGUAAUCACACCUGUGAGCAAGUUUGCCAUGUUGGUGCUUGUGGAGAAUGUCCUCGAUCUGGGAAAAGGUUCUGUCCAUGUCAGAAAUCAAGGUUUUCUUUGCCUUGUACAGAAGAUGUACCAACUUGUGGAGACAGUUGUGACAAAGUACUUGAAUGCGGAAUCCAUAGAUGUUCACAGCGGUGUCACCGAGGUUCUUGUGAAACUUGUAGACAAGAAGUGGAAAAGCAUUGUCGCUGUGGCAAACACACAAAACGAAUGCCGUGUCACAGACCUUACCUGUGCGAAACUAAGUGUGUUAAGAUGCGUGACUGUCAGAAGCAUCAGUGUAGGAGAAAGUGUUGCCCUGGAAACUGUCCACCUUGUGAUCAAAACUGUGGACGGACUUUAGGAUGUAGAAACCAUAAGUGUCCAUCUGUCUGUCACAGAGGCAGUUGCUAUCCCUGCCCAGAAACCGUGGAUGUGAAGUGUAAUUGUGGUAAUACAAAGGUGACAGUGCCCUGUGGCCGAGAACGCACCACAAGACCACCCAAGUGCAAAGAGCUGUGCAGUCGAUCACCAACUUGUCAUCAUACAAGUCAAGAAAAACAUCGCUGUCACUUUGGAUCCUGUCCACCAUGUCAUCAACCUUGCCAAAAAGUUUUGGAGAAAUGUGGUCACUUGUGUCCUGUUCCAUGUCAUGAUCAAGCAUUAGUGAAGCAGCCUGGCAGGCAGCAGCCUACAGUUCCUUGGGAGCAGCCUUCUGAGCCAACAUUUAUCCAGACUGCAUUACCUUGUCCUCCGUGCCUAGUUCCUAUUCCUACGGAAUGUCUUGGGAAACAUGAGGUGAGUCCUCUCCCAUGCCAUGCUGUAGGACCCUACUCUUGUAAGAGAGUUUGUGGACGAACUUUAGAUUGUCAGAAUCAUACGUGUAUGAAAGAAUGCCACGAGGUAACUGAAGUGGAUGGCUGUACUGGCAAAAACAAGGCUGGCCCAGAAUGCCUUCAUUGUGAGGAAGGGUGCUCUAAGUCACGGCCACCAGGCUGUCCUCACCCUUGUGUUUUACCAUGUCACCCUGGAGAAUGUCCCCCUUGUGUUCAAAUGCUUAGAAUAAAAUGUCACUGUAAGAUAACAAGCCUGUAUGUGGAAUGUAGAAAAAUAACCACAGCUGAUGAAAAUGGAAAGAAUCUCCUCAGUUGUUGCAAAAAUCAGUGUCCUAAAGAGCUUCCUUGUGGUCAUAGAUGCAAAGAAAUGUGUCAUCCUGGUGAAUGUCCCUUUAAUUGCAACCAGAAGGUAAAACUUAGAUGUCCUUGUAAAAGAAUAAAAAAGGAAUUGCAAUGCAAUAAAGUACGUGAAAAUCAGGUUUCCAUAGAAUGUGACUCAACAUGCAAAGAAAUGAAGCGGAAAGCCUCUGAGGUAAGUGUCAAUCGAACACCAGCUUUAAUGUGCCAACGGCCUUUCCCUAUUUAGUUAUGUGUUUAUUAAAAAAGACUUGAAAUCUCUUCGCUUUUGUAAUAAAAGCUGAGUUUUAUAGGGCUAUUUUGAAUCCCAGGGUGGAUUUUAUUGCCCUCUAUACCAGUUAGUGUAAUUAGCUCUGGACU